GAAAAUUAGAACGAAAAUGACGAUUUUAUAACGUUAAUCUCCAAAUAUAUAAUUGGCAAUAAACAAGUAUAAUGAUUACAGACAGGGAUCUUGAUUAUCUUGACCUAGAAGAUGAAAGCGACCAAGAAGCGAUAGACAGUUCCGAUGAUGAAAUUGACAUCCUUCUUUAUGGAACUCCGGAACAGAAGAGAAAGAUGUGUCGCCGUAAUUCAAAUGUCACCAGAGACUCAUCCAGUGAAGAUGAUUUUGAAAAAGAGAUGAACGCAGAAUUGAAUGGACAAAUUAAAGAAAUAGAACGACGGAGAGGAUCAGUUUCAGAGGCUGGUUGCUCAGGUACAUCUAACAGUGAGAGUAAAGAUCAGCCAAGAUUUCACGAUGAUGUUUAUUUUGAUUCAGAUGAAGAGGAUAUGAUCACGCAAGGUGACAAAAAGAAGCAACAAAAACAGCUCAGCAAUGAUGAUCUCCUCUAUGACCCAAAUAUUGACGAUGACAAUGAAAAGUGGAUUGAAGAAAGGAGGAGGUCAUACCUCCCAAAAAACAAUACUACCUCUAAACAGAAACAGAAACCUCUGCCACAUAGUGAUGCAGUAUUGGACUGUCCAGCCUGUAUGACCACAUUAUGCUUUGAUUGUCAAAGACAUGAUGUUUAUGAAAACCAGUAUCGAGCAAUGUUUGUGAGAAAUUGUGAAAUUGACACUACUGAAUUCCUCAAAUAUCCCAAGGCCUCCAACAGAUCUCGAAAACGGAAGAAAAACAAGGAGAAUUGUGAAACAGACACUAGUGAGGAUAAAUUCCACCCUGUGAAAUGUACUGAAUGUAACACUGUAGUUGCUGUGUAUGAUGAAGAGGAAGUUUAUCACUUCUUUAAUGUGUUAGCAAGUUACUGAAGUUUAUCACUCUUUAAUGUGUUCUCGAGCUACUCAUGUUUAUCACUUUUAUAAUGUGUUGGCAAGGUACUGAAGUUUAUCACUUCUUUAAUGUGUAAGUGAGCUACUGAAGUUUAUCACUUCUUUAAUGUGUUAGUGAGCUACUAAAAUUUAUCACUUAUUUAACAUACAAGCAAGUUACUACAGUAUAUCUCUUCCUUAAUGUUUAAGGGAGCUUCUAAAGUUAAUCACUUUUAUAAUCGGUUAGAGAGAUACUGAAGUUUUUCAAUUCUUUAACGUGUUAGCGAGGUACUGAUGUUUAUCACUCUUUACUACUGAACUUUAUCAUAUUAAUGUGCAAGCAAGCAACUGAAGUUUAUCAGACUUCUUGAAAAUGUAAAAAAGCUACUGAAGUUUAUCACUUCCUUAAUGUGCUAGCAAGCUGCUUAAGUUUAUCACUUUAAUUAGUUAAAGAGCUUCUGAAGUUUAUCACUUCCUUAAUGUUUUAGCAAGCUACUAAAGUUUAUCACUUCUAUGUUGGGUUAGAAAGAUAUGCAAAGUUUACCACUCCUCCUGAAGGUUAUCACUUCAGUAAUGCAUGUGCAAGCUACUAAAGUUAAUCACUUCUUGAAUGUGUUAGUAAGCUGCUGAAUUAUGGUGUUGGUUACUUCUUUCAUUUGUUAGCUAACUGCUUCAGUUUAUCACUUUCUUAGAUAGUUUUCAAAUCACUGAAGUUUGGUUUUUAUAUUGAAAUGAAGGGGUAAUCUGUGAUAAAUUAAUUGUUGUUGAGAAUUAUGUAUCUAUAUAUUGAAGUUGAUUGAAAUACUAGUACAUUAUUAGCUUGUCUGUUUUGCUAUUAUGAUUGAUUAGAAUUUUGUCAAAAUCGCCAGAUAAGUAGGAUAAUUUCAAAAUUAUUAAAAUUAUCAAGAUGAAA